AAUUUCCAUGUCUAAUCCUUAAUCUGAUUAUAUCUUCUCUCUGCAUUUCAUAACACCAAUCAUUUCCCCAACCUCUGAGCUAUGAUCUCUGUUUAAGUAUCUGUCAACCACGCAACUCUAACUAACCAGAGAGAGAGAGAGAGAGAGAGAGAGAGAGAGAGAGAGAGAGAGAGAGAGAGAGAGAGAGAGAGAGAGAGAGAGAGAGAGAGAGAGAGAUCAAUCUCAACGUGAGAGAGAGAGAGAGAGAGAGAGAGAGAGAUCGCAUCGGAAAUGGCGGACAAGUACAACCUCAAGAACCCUGCCGUCAAGCGCAUUCUCCAGGAGGUCAAAGAGAUGCAAUCCAACCCUUCUGAUGAUUUCAUGAGCCUCCCGCUUGAGGAAAAUAUAUUUGAAUGGCAAUUUGCGAUUAGGGGGCCUCGUGAUACUGAAUUUGAGGGUGGUAUUUAUCAUGGGCGGAUUCAGUUGCCAGCAGAAUAUCCAUUCAAACCACCUUCAUUUAUGCUUUUGACCCCUAAUGGUCGUUUUGAGACCCAAACCAAGAUUUGCUUGAGCAUCUCUAAUCAUCACCCUGAGCAUUGGCAACCAUCAUGGAGCGUAAGGACUGCUUUAGUUGCACUGAUUGCAUUCAUGCCAACCAACCCAAAUGGUGCAUUGGGCUCAUUAGACUACAAGAAGGAAGAGAGGCGCACAUUGGCAAUUAAAUCCCGUGAUGCAGCGCCAAGGUUUGGGACUCCUGAGCGGCAAAAACUGAUUGAUGAGAUACACGAGUAUAUGCUAAGCAAGGCGCCCCCAGUUCCUGAACUUGGCCCCUCACAGACUUCCGAAGAACAAGAACAACCCAGAAUUGAAGAGGCCAAGGCCGAGGUUGAUGUGCAAAAUCCUGAGGCUUUACCUGCUGGAGAGGAGAUUGCAGAUCAAGCAGCUGAUGAAAUUGUUGAAGAACAAGAACUUCCUAUCGAUGCUAAUCCUAAUCCUGCAGGAAUUGAAGCUUCAACAGAGAUUCCAUCGGCUGUCUCUAGCACUCAGUCUCUCCAAAAGUCAAAUACAAUGAUACAAAAUCUGAAACCAGAGACGAGGGUCCAAAAGCCUGAUGAUCGCUUGUUCACACUGGCAGCUAUUGGACUUACUAUAGCAAUUGUUGUCCUUUUGCUGAAGAAGUUCAUCAAAUCCACAGAAUAUGGUGCGGUUUUCAUGAAUGGUGGGUCGUAGAUGUAUUCGUUUCUCAUGUUUUCUCCAAGAUAAAGAUUAUUAGCCCCACGUAGUUCAUAGGGUAUAUCAAGCUCAUUAAACUCGAGUUAAAUUUUAUAAACCAAGUCUUGUAAUUAUGCUAAUAUGAAAUAUAUUGCAUUUCUUGUAUAAUAUGCGGUGUCAGAUAUUCCUCUCGGCCACUAUAUGAUUGGCUUAUGACUAUCAUGAACUUUGUAUUUACCGGGGAUGAUGACAAUUAUUAGGAUAAACAAUUUCAUGGUUUACAGUUGAAAAAUAGGCAAAUAAAAAAAGCUUUGUUAGAGUGAGCACAA